UAAGAGUCAUGUCCGUCUGUGGUCGUCAUCAGUUGGAAAUCCCACUCUGCACUUCAGUAUAAGUAGGCAGCCUAUAUCAUCCAAAUGGCAGUUAAGAAUCAAGCUUUAAUAUCUUUACAUUAUACUGACACAGAAUGAACUCGCUUUUGAUGCUAGCUCUGCAGUGCUGUGUAGCUGCCCUGGUGUGUGCUGCGCCUGUCCAUCUUCCUGAUGACGCAGACUUCGAACAGACGCUGGAGAAAGCACAGAGCUUGGUCAAGAAGAUCCUUUUCGACAUUCCUUCGGUCCAAAAGGACCUAACCCUUGACCCCUCCAGCCAUACUGGGAACCUGCAACUGAUGCUGAAAACCCUGGGUAUCCCUCCAAACCCCACCAUCAAACCCAUAUCGGCACACUUCACCCUGGAAGUGUGUCUGCAGCGCAUGAGCCUGGGUCUGCAGCUGCACCACAGCCUGCUGAGAGAUCUGACGUCAGCCUCCACCAGCGCCAUCCAGCACCUGCAGGUAGACCUCAGAGACCUGAAGGCCCUGGUCAACAAGAUGCAGAAACAGUCCCAGCUGAGUGAGGAGCCGAGCUUCACGCUCAGCAUCUCAGGAACCUACGACGUCCAGGUGGCAACACACCUGGCUCUGCAGCAGCUACGCAUCUUCAGCCACGACCUGGGCCGAAGCCUGAGGAACAUCCAGGCCUCUCUACCUGGGACCCAGGGCUGAGGAACAUCCAGGCCUCUCUACCUGGGACCCAGGGCUGAGGGACAUCCAGGCUUCUACCUGGGACCCAGGGCUGAGGGACAUCCAGGCCUCUACCUGGGACCCAGGGCUGAGGAACAUCCAGGCCUCUACCUGGGACCCAGGGCUGAGGAACAUCCAGGCUUCUACCUGGGACCCAGGGCUGAGGAACAUCCAGGCUUCUACCUGGGACCCAGGGGUGAGGAUCAUCCACACCUCUCUACCUGGGAUCUGGGGAGGAACCCCACCACCGAGCAGGCUCAGACCCCCAGGAAACAGAGGCUGGACAGUGGUUGGGUUCUCUUUGCGGUGGUGGGGACAGGGAGCUGAGGUCUGGCUGAGGAGGAGGACUAACAGCGCACGACACAUGAAAAAACCCAUUCUCCUUGUCUCUCCAGUUUGAGCCUGUUUCUCUGCUCCUUUCUCCCCACACCCUUUUUCUUGGAAAGCUUUUUAUGGCUUUGAGUUCAUUAUAACACGUUAUAAACCUUUAUUUAACCAGUAGAGCCCCGUUGAUAUGAGGGCUUCAAUGGAGCCCUGGUCGGGACAGGCAGCAACGUCAAAUCAGACAGUUGCUGACAGGAUCUCAAAAUGAAAGCACAGUCACGUUUCAAAAGAGACAUUUCUAGGAGUCAGUUUCAUAACCAUGGUAAAUCCAAAACAUUGACGUGCGCCUUAAUUCUUUCAAUUUGGAUUCGAAAGCAUUUAAUAGGAUUCAUUCAUUGAGUUGUCAUUCUGCGGCGUAGUCCAUGUCAACGGUGCAGAAUAGACAACUGCUCCUUUUUCUGUUUUUUGUAGGUGCAGACAGAAAGCAGGAUGGGAAUAUGAAGCAUGUCCACACCUGUCUGUCAGCAGAGUCCCUUAUUGUAUUUCAGUUCCAGAGAAACUCAGGAAUGUUGAAAUUCCCUCCUGGUUGAUGUAUUCUCACUCUGAAUGUCUUUUUAAUUUAUGAUCUUGUAUUUAUUCUAUUUAUUAAGCUAUUAGGUUAUUUAUUUUGUAUGAUUAUUUGUACUUGUCUCUAGAAUCUGGAGUCCUCAUGUCCUCAAUUUUAACUUAUUGUGUUUCUCUGAAGUAUGAAUGUAUUUAAUAAGACUUUUA